AUGGAAUUGUAUUAUUACGAAAUGAGUUCACCGUGUCGAGCCGUUUUACUUUUCGUUAAAGAAUUAAAUUUAAAUCCGGUAAUGAAAAAAAUAGAUUUGUUAAAAGGUGAAAAUUUAUCUCCGGAUUAUCUCAAGUUGAAUCCUCAACACACGAUACCUUUGAUAAUUGACGAUGGAUACGUACUUUCGGAAAGUCGAGCCAUUCUCGUUUAUUUGGCCGAACGAUACGAUCGAGAUUCGAUUUAUUAUCCAAACGAUGCGAAAACUCGAGGAGUCAUCAGUCAAAGGCUCAUGUUCGACAUAGGAACUCUGUCUUCACGUUUUUACGACACAUAUUCGGAAUUUUUUAUUCCGAACGGUUCGAAUAGAAUCGAUUUGAAAAAAAUAAAUAAAUUGGGAGAGGCUUUCGAAUUUCUGGAAGCUUUCAUGGGUGAUUCUUUGUUCAUGGCGGGAAACGUCAUGACGAUUGCGGAUUAUUCGAUCGUGGCAACGGUUUCGACGAUCGAAGCUUGCGGAUUCGAUUUUUCGAAAUACGAAAGGGUUUCGGCUUGGUUCGAAAGAUGCAAAACCGAAAUGUUGGAUUACGAGGAAAUAAAUCAAAAGGGAGCCGAUUUAAUCGGAAACAUGGUGCAACCUUAUUUAGAAAAGAGUCAGGCAAUGAAUUACGAAUAA